AUGAAAUGGCAGAAUAGCGGGAGCUGCUGGCAGAAUAUCCUCGCCCCUGAUUUAUCUUCGUGUCAUGAUGACGAAUCACUGCAUAUUCUCCAACUCGCUGCUCAAAGGCCGCUAAUGAAGCACGUUGAUUUAUACAACAAGAGGUACUGCAGUGAGCAUCCGCCGCGGCGCCGCCCAACCGCUCUAGCCCUUCCUGCAAGUACAGACCUACGGGAGUACCCCACUGCUAUCCUCGACCCUCGUUCAGAUCCCAAAACCCCUCGUAGCGGGAUUGGGCCGCCCAGAUCCGCCUGUUCGGCCGCAGUCGCCUUCUUUGGAACUUCAGCUGCAGCAGUAAAGGCAGUGGCCCUGACGUGGUCUUCUCCUCUUGGAUCUUCCAUCUUCUCCCACACUGAAAGGUUUAACACCGAUCAUCACAUGUGGCAACCGACCCUCGCCUUGAUCAGCGUUCGGAGCCGGGACAGUAACACGGACGAAUCCAUCGCCACUCUUCCCGCUUGGAAGGGCCCUGCCCGUUCUUGUUCUCGAGUCCGGCCCACGCUCGGAUAUGUUGGCAAUUUUGAAGCAAUUAUCAAGCACUCUUGUUGGUGCCUUGGAACCCCUGACUGCUUUAUCGGCUUCGGCGCCGCAUCCCUUCCCGAAAGAGACUGCUUGUCCGCCCAAUUUUCCCCACCGACGCCCGAGAGAGCCUCAUCGUCAAACUUUUGGAUUUUUUCAACUACAACCAUGUCGUCCAAUUUGUUGAACUUCAACAAACCAUGCAACGGAUGUCGACGUCGAAAGGUCCGCUGCGAUAAGGCCAAGCCAUGCCUCAACUGUGUUCGUCAUGGCAUUUCCUGUGUCUACGACCCCCAGAGGGAGCCCGGCAUCCCCAGCCCCGAAAGCCAACAGCAGUUGCAGGAGAGGGUCGACCGACUGGAAAAGGUGAUCGAGGAGAUGAAGGGCAUGUCUGUUCGAGGAGAAUCACUCAAGGCGACUAGCAGCUCGUUUCCAUCUGCGAGUCCAGCAACAAGUCACUUUGGCGAGUUUUACAACGAACGAGAUGAGUCCCUGGCUGGAGAUCCUGGGAUGCAGGUUUACGACGAGAACGUCUCCUACUAUCUUGGUCCCGACUACUGGCUCAACCUCCAAGACGUUGUCUACGAACCAAGAUGCCUAUUCCGUAUCGACUCGGACAAGACGGGCAAAAACCCCGCGAGUCCGUCUUCCUGGCCUAUUGGUCGAACACCCGUUCUGGCCGAUCUUUCUCAUUUACACCUUGAACCCGAAAAGGAAGAUAUCCUGACCGACCUUUUCCUUGCGCAUGUUGAGCCCUACGUUCGGAUAGUCCACGAGUCCUACUGGCGGCAGCAAAUCACAGAUUUCCGAGUGGGCGUCCACAAAAUCCCGAUAGACGUGGAGGCAGGCAUGUUUGCAACCCAAGCCAUGACCGUUGCGGCAUUGCCGGCAAACCUUAUCCAAGAGAGGUUAGGCAAACCAAAGAAGGAUCUCCUUCGACACCUGCAGGAAGCUACCCAACUAGCCCUUGAGAGAGCAGAUAUUUUGCGGAGUAGGAAGCUUUUGGCUUUCUUUGCUCUGCUCUAUCAUAUUCAAGCAAAAUUCAUCACGGGUGAUGGAGAGGUUGCAGUUUCUCUCCUCGGAUUGGCUGGUCGAUUCGGAACAAGACUCGGACUGCACCGAGAUCCGAGUCACUAUAGCUAUUCGCCAUGGAUAGCAAAUAUGAGACGCCGAGUCUGGACUCACUUCGAAAUCAUGGACAACCCGGUGUACAAUUUGGAGGGUGCAGACUCUGGCCUGCCAUUAAUAUCCGACGUCCAACCCGCAAAGAAUGCAAACGACAGCCAGUGGAUGCCGAAUCGAUUUGCAAAACCAGGCUCUACCCCUCCAGAUCAGGAUGGAAUCACAGACAUGUCUUUUGUCUUGAUACGACAGCAUCUCUUCAGGACGAUGCAAUCAAUAACGCGAAGGAGGAACGACACGAGCCCGGAAGAGCUGAACAGGAUAAUUGACCAGACUGAGAGCUUUAUCAAGGCCAAGUUUAUAUCCCACGUUGACGGUAGCUCUGCAAGUCAUGCAAUAAUUGUCUCAUACUUCAGAACAAGUAUGAGAAGCAUGCGACUUCUAGUUGAGACCGUUGUGGCUCGACAUACGGGUGCUGGUCAAGAUGCUGAAUUCCGAUCGGGAUUCUAUCAAGAGUGUGUAGAAAUUCUAGAGGAAGCAGAGCGUGGUGAAGCAGUGGCUCUCCAAAGCCAUUGUGGCUGGAUCUACAGAUGGCCGACGACACCGUUUACGAUUUCAAACAUUCUCAUCGGCCUCGCUCAACAACCAAAACACCCGGUUACGGACCGAGCAUGGCGGCAAAUGAACAUCGUGUUCCGGAGACACAAUAACGAGGACAUUAGCAUGCGCAAGUUUGCUGCUUGGAGGGUUAUCGAGGCUCUAUGCGACCAGGCUAUGCUUUACCACAAGCAGAGAUCACACGAAGGAGCGUGGUAUGCCCAGAGGCUAGACCAAGUCCAGGCUUUGAAUACCGCGCAGGGAAAGGCCUCCCUCUCACUGGAGAAUGCGACAGUCGACGACAUCCUAGGCGACCUCAGCAGGCACUUGAGCCGUUGGGCUACCCUCCUUGGAAUCAGCCACCAACGGGACAAUCUCACGGCCAAAGUCAACCGCAUCGGCACUCGCAUCCUCAUCCGCAUCAACCACCGUCUGAUGAUGGCGAAGACAUAUGAAUUCUGGGUGACGCAAUCCGUGGGAACAAUGAAACUUCUAGAACGGCGUAAAACAAGGAUGCCGUACGAUCCCAUUCUAGAAGACCAAGACCGUUCGAUCCUCGGAAACGGCACGGAAAUGAAAAGGGACGUGACCUGA